AUGCCUUCGAUACAAAAACCAGUCACUACGACACCGUACCCUAGUGGAUCUUGGACCUAUGUUGAUGCAGUCUCAACUGGUCACGUAAACGGAGAGUCGCUCAAGGCGAAGUUCAAGCUCAAGAUCAUAGUGGUUGGAGCAGGAAUAGGCGGUUUGUCAGCUGCCAUUGCUCUAGCCAAAGACGGGCACGAAAUCGAAGUCCUUGAGGACGCCCCGAAGCUUGCAGAAAUAGGAGCCGGCAUUCAAAUACCCCCAAACUCAGCUCGAAUCCUUCAAUCAUGGGGAUUGGAAGAUAGACUGCAACUGAAAUCCGUUCGUCCAACAAGCCUCUACUGGAGACGAUGGCAGGAUGGCCGUGUUAUUGGCUACACGAGAUACAGACCUGACUUUGAGAAGUGGUAUGGCUCUUCUUAUUAUGUGGCACAUAGAGCUCAUCUGCACGAGAUAUUGCAUGAGCGUGCGGUUGAACUUGGGGUGAAAGUCCGGCUUGGUAAGAGAGUGAAAGGCUACAGCCUUGUGCAGGCGAGUCUGGAACUUCAGGAGGAGACAUUGAUGGCAGACUUGAUCAUCGCCGCAGACGGCAUCAAAUCAUUGGCCAGGCGCAUGCUGAACUCGAGUGCGCCUUCAACACUUCGGCAGCAUAAUAUGGCUGCGUAUCGAGCAUGUGUACCAAUCGAAUCGCUGAAAGGAAACCUUGACAUUUCUAACACCAUCGACUUAGAAAGCAUCAACUUGUGGCUGGGAGACAGUGCACAUGUCAAGAGCUAUGGCAUCGUUGGCGGUCAGAAAUGGAACAUUGUAGCCAACGUACCAGAAGUGCGAGAGGUGGAAGACUGGGAUGCAAGUGAAGUGACAAGCGUUGCUCGCAUGCAGUCGUUCUUCAAAGGAUGGGACCCAACCCUUGAGAAGAUCCUUGACUCGGUAACAGACACCAGGCUGUGGCCGGUGCAAGACAUUGAAUGCGCGAGGAAGUGGGUCUCCCCCAGCAAGAAGCUGGUCCUGCUCGGCGAUGCCGCUCAUGCAAUGAUUCCGUUCAUGUCAAUCGGAGCUGCGAUGGCCGUAGAAGAUGCAUCUGCUUUAUCACAGGCACUUCGUCUCGUCGAGAGCCCCGACCGAAUUGACCAUGCUGUGGAUGUGUACGAGCAAGUGAGGAGACAUCGAACGGAAGCUAUGCAUGAGGCCAGUUACAGACAUGCGUAUACCAUCCACCUUCCGGACGGGCCAUUGCAGCGUGCUAGGGAUGCUCAAAUGGAGGAUGAGGUUGCGGGAGUGCACUUCGUUCGCAGUCCCAACCAAUGGAGCGAUCCGACGACGCAGCUCUGGGCGUAUGGAUAUGAUGCUGCUGCUGCUAUUCGAGACGCAUGGUAUGAAGAGGUAGCGUCUUCUCACGGUCUUUAG